CGUAAAUACGUGGAAGAUGAACCAUACUUGUUACAAGAAGUACAUAUCAGAAAAAAAUAUAGUUAUUGUUGAGCCAGUGAAUGCAAAAACCGUUAUUGUGUCUUUAUUUUUUCGCAAAGGAUCUGAAGAUUUUGAUCUCAACUUGACUGAAGUUGCGCAAGAAAUGAAGAGAGAAAGAGUUUCUGUCUAUUUAUUAAGAGGUUGCAUCGUUAUGCAGGGAUGCUUUAUUGAGCCGAAGGAAUUUAGAAACAAUCAGAGCUCAUCUAAAGGAAUGGCAAAGAUUUUGAUACUCUCCACAGAACCCUUGACCCAGUCCCUAAAGGAUAACCCAGUGAAAGUCACUGACAAAACAAAAAUUAUUGUUCAGUCAGUCAGGAGGAAAUGUGAACUUGGAAACAAGAACAAUGAGAUCCUAGCAGGUCUUGAUGAUACAGUGAGAGAACUUCAAGAAGUGUUAAGCUAUCCUUUUCAGUAUCCAAAGUGCUUUAGUCAUUUAAGACUUGAGUGCCCCAAGGGAAUUUUACUGCAAGGAGCCCCAGGGGUUGGGAAGACUCACCUUGUUAAGAGUGUAACUUCACAGUGCAGUGCAAAGUUAAUAACACUGGAUGGCACACAUGUGUUUGGGCCACAUCCAGGAGAGAGUGAAGAAAAUUUGAGGAAAACUUUUGAGAUUGCAAGGAAUGCUUCACAGCGUGGUCCAUGUGUUUUAUUCAUUGAUGAACUUGAUGCUCUGUGUCCAAAGAGAGGAAGUAGUGGAAAUGAACAAGAGGAUAGAAUUGUUGCCCAGCUUCUUACUCUUCUUGAUGGUUUGGAAUCUCGAGGUCAACUCGUCAUCAUUGGAGCAACAAACAGACCAAAUGCUAUUGACCCUGCACUUCGAAGGCUGGGCAGACUUGAUAGAGAGGUUGUGAUUGGAGUGCCAAAUGCCAUGUAGAGAUUGUCUAUGCUAAAAGCUCACACCCAAUCCUUAAAAUUGUUAGAUGAGGUUGAUCUAGCACAUGUUGCUGAACUGAUGUUAGGUUAUGUUGGUGCUGAUAAAGCCUCUUUAUGCAGGGAAGCAGCAUUUGUGGCCUUGAAAAGAAUGAUAAAUCACAGCAACAAUGGGAACCCCUACAGUAUAAGUGUACAAGAAAUUUUGAAAGGCAAUGAAGGUAAUGUAAUUGAAUUCUGGAUCGGGGAGUGUGGAUUCAAGUCUUAGCUGUGGUCAUAGAAUUGUGUACUUUAGCAAAACACUUUUCUCUUGUAGUACAUCUCUUCAGCUAACUGAAUUGCUGAGUUAGUGGGCGGGGUGGGGGGUGGGAGUAAACUGUGCUCUUGAUUGGUUGAACAGUGAUUCCCAUAGUAUUACUGGUAAGGAAAUAAUUUGGUAACAGGUCCAGCUAGAAGUGUAGGAAUUAACAGAGAGUCGACUGUCUCCACAAUGGCCACAUUGGGGACAGAGGAAAGUGACCAUUGCGACCAUUAUGGACAGGUAGGCAUGUAAUAUGACUACACCUGUUUUUCUAGGGGCUGCAACAAAUAAGCGUUUGUAAAUCAAAAUGUAUCACUACAGCAGACACUAGACAGAAAAAGAGACUAACAACACAUAGAGAUCAAGUUUCAUGACCUUUUACAUUAAAAAGUGGGUUUUUGUAUUGACAGUUUUACUGGCCGUUGUCAAGAAGGUAUUUUGACCUUUUGGGCAAGUUUUAGUGUCUGUUGCAAUUGUGGAGUGGUGGUCGUUGUAGCGAGGUUAAAAUAAGAGUGAAUGCAUGGAUUGUCAGCUGGGACCAAAAAACGUGGCCCUUAUAAAGAGGUGGCCGUUAGUGGAGGUUCGACUGCAUUGUUAUAUUUUAAAAUGCAGUGGUAAAUGGUUAACUUUGUCAUCCAAAUCUGUUCCUGAUAGAUAACGUUGGUGAAAUAACCAUGGCAGAUUUCCAGCUAGCACUGUGCCAUAUUCUGCCAUCUAUGUACCGAGGUUUGGAAGGAAUGGUUGAAUGGAAUCCUGUGAGCUGGGAAGAUAUUGGGGGACUACAAAAUGUGAAACAAGCUCUGAAGCAGGUGGGGAAGGAUACGUCACUGGCUUGUGCGUUUUGCACACUUUCCAAAAAGCCUGCAACAAGAAUUUUUUAAUUUCAUUACAUGGUCAAGCAGAAAAAAAGAAAAUUAAACAGCAUAGAAAUAUCGCCUUGACGUACACAAAUAGUAAUACAAUUUAUACCACGAAGUGUGCAAGGAGAUGUAAUAGUUUGAGAUCGACACGCAAGGGUUAAAGAUAAUUUGUAACAUCUCUUGAUAGUGUACAAUUAGCUGGCCUGUGUACA